AUGCAGAAGAGAGUCGCGCCGUCAAAAAAGUUGUACGCGGCCCCGUCCAGGAACCAGGUAAUGGAGUGCAUCGCCUCCACUCGCGGCCGUGCGGUUGAGCUCGUUGGGUCGGCUACUCCACAUCGCGCCGCUCGUCCCGAAAGGAGGAUCGGUGCCGCUAACUACUCUGGUAGUUACGAGAACGAGGCCAACGGUGCCUAA